GAACCCCACCAACUCACAUUCGUUUCAGUCUUGCUUUCCUUUUAACUGUGCAGUCCCAUCUUCUUGUCUGCCCUCUUCCUCUCCUUAUUCUUCUCCUUCUUCUUCAUAAUAAUAUCGUUGGUAUCUUUCUCACUACAUCAUGGAGACUUCGUUGGAUGACAAAGAGAGACACACUGGCUCUCUCCCUGGGUUCGCCAACAUCGAAAAUGUGCCUAUAUCGCCAAUGAUCAAACACUCUGGCCUCGUCUUCGCAAUCCUUCUCGCAAUCUUUUUCUUCUGUCGACAGUUCAUCCUUGAAAACGCCCUGGACAGAGGGCUCAUCUACAAACGCGUAUGGCCGACACUCAACGCGCGCCAGAAGCGCGGCUUCGUAAACCACCAUCUGUCCAUCGCGGCCAAGAUCUUCGUCGUAGCUUUUGCUAUUUACCCCUUCUUUGCCGUCGCCCUUGGCAAAGGCGACUUUCACACACCCAUGUUCGGUUCCGGCAUUGGACAUAAGCGACGAGAGAAUGUCUUCACUAUGGGCGAUGCAUUGUAUCUCGCAAUCAUGAUUGUUUCAGUCAUGUACGCGCAUGAGCUGUCUUACCGAGAGGGUAUUAGUCCUGUCGCUGUUGCACACCAUGUCGGUGUGCUUGUCAUGGGCCAGUUGACGCUGUACUGGAGUGGACAGACCGACCGUCAACCAGAUGCAGCUUUGGAGGCUGUCUUGGCUUUAUUCUGGGGCUUCUUUGACCUCAGUGUCGAGGUACCUCCUCACGUCACCAUGAUCAUCUACCGCGAUCCCGAUGUUACAUCUGAGAAACUGCUGCGAUCCUUCUCCGUAGCUUUCUGGUGCUCGUCUAUUGGGACUUUAGCUGAGACAGGGACCAUAUUCGGAUUGUAUGGUGCCCUGUUCCACAAGUGGACGGUCACUAUGAAGGUCUUGAUUCCCAUUCUACACUUGAUCUUUACAGCUGCGCAGGUCUGGGGCGAGUACUGCACAUGGUGCUUGUGGCAGCAGGAAAAGAGGAAGAUAGCGAGAGGAGAGAGGAAAGAAAAAGAUGAUCUGCCAACCGGGGAUAUAGAACAGAAGUAGUGUCGGCUUGGUUGAGGCUGCCCCUUUUUGAUCAUGUACCAUUCGUCCAGCGUUAUCUUCGAACACACAAACACACGAACACAAACAUCUUCAUAGAAUCCAUUGACUUCAAUGGUAGUGUAUUAAUAAUAUUGAAAAACUAUUAAGAAUUGUAAUUUUGAUCU